AUGGGCUUUCGCCAACUGGUUUCUGAAUAUAAAGGAAAGAGACCUAAAACUUCUCCUGAAAAGAGCAACCCAGUGGAUGAGAGUUCUGAAGAGGACUCUUCAAGGAGGUUUCCCAAUGAACCUGGCGUUGAUUUAAGGCCUACAUCAAACAAUGAAGUCUUAGAUUUUAAAACCAAGCAUGUCGUGAAACCAAAGUUAACAGAGCUCAUGAAGCCUUCUCAGCAAUCCGACAGAAACAUAGAAGCAAAGUGUGGCAUUUUGAGACCAGAGAGUACCACUUUCUCUGAGGACAAUAAUUCUGAUAGUAACAUUGAAGAUGUGGUUGAAACAUUUCCCAAACCAUCACCCUGGUUUGAGGGCAUCUGUCAGCCUGUCUUCCCAUCACCUGAGCCUGUUCCAAAACUUCCCAAGUCUGUAGCAGGCCUUGGUCCUACAAAGCAGAGUGUCUCUGAGAGCCUUCCACAGAAGUAUGUGGGUCAUUUACCUGGAACUGCUGGUCAAAGAGGAAAAAAGACAUUAAAUGGACAAAUAGAAGAGUCUCCUGAGAAAUAUCCUAAUGUGAAGCAGGACGUCGGAGUGAAAGAUUCAGUUCCUAAUAAAGCAGUCAGAAUGAAGGAUGCACGAACAUCUAAUUCAGACUGGUCGACUACUUUGAGCCUCAAUAGUGAGACUUGUCAAAGAGCCAGGCAUUUGAAAGUUGAUGAUCAGCGUCCGUUGGUGUUCCAACUGGUGACCAAAAGUCAGUCAGCACCCACAGAACUCGGACAGAAGACCGCAACAGAUAAAGAAAAGAUGAAAAACACAGCGAUGUUUCUGGUAGGGAAUUCCAUGCCCCAUCACCCGGGCCGGUCUCCGCUGCCAGAAAGCAGAGAAAGCAAACAAGAUUUGUCAGGAGAACUAGACAUAGAAGAACAAGAAAAACUUCAUGGAAAUGAAAAUAACUAUUCACAGGUUGAAGAAGAAAAGAAGCACAAAAGUAGAGAAGUGGAAGUAUCAGACCACGUAUGCGAUGCUGCUGAUGAGAGUCAAUUGAUUCAGCAGAGAAAGAGUGGAGGAAAUAACAAACAGGAGUUUCCUGCUAUGGAGAAUAAAGGUUCUGAUGGUUUGAGGACUUCUUUCAGCAUUUCUUAUGAGGCGAGACUAGUGGUGAUGAACUCCCUCAGUAGCGAUCCUGGCAUGCCCAGGAAGGAGAUAGAGAAAAAGAAAAAUGACAAAUGGACACCAGAAGAAUGUGUGAUUGUACCAGUAUUUGAAAAGACCAAUUCAGUGACUGAUGGUCUGCUGCACGUGAAGGAUGACAGCAUUUUAAGGAAAGUGGAUCAAGAUGACAGCAGGCCUGCAAGGAAAACAGCAUAUGAAAAGAAGAAGGUUUCUGAUAGUGGUAGAAAGGCAAAAGGUCUGUUGCGCAAAAGCCACAUGCAGGAUGAAAUUGCCAUGCCAAGAUUAGAAAUAGACACAGUGAAAAAUCAGAACCAGGAGAAAGAAAAGAAAUGUUUUGAGGAUACUGAAAUUGUAAAAGGAGAGAACGAUUAUCCUCAAAAGGCAAUAAAAUUGAACAAGGAAAUGUUGACAAAGGCCAUAUUCCAGCAUACUGGCCAGCUUAACAUUCCGGUAGCUGAAAAUACAAUGCUAAACCCUGAGCUGGAGAACGCAAAGCGAAGCAAAGAAAGACUGGAAACAGAAGUGGAAUCCUACCACUCUAGACUGGCUGCUGCCAUACACAAUCGUGAUCAAGGUCAGAUAUCACAAAGAAACCUGUCACUUGCCUCCCAGAAAGCAAAAGACAAGACGUUACGCUUGCAGGACCCAAUGAAGUUCGAUAUGGCUAAGCUGAAAAGUGACAGUGAGAUGCUUUUCCAGGGACUUUCUAAAGUGGAAAAUCAAUUCAAUAAGCUAAAAGUCAAGCUGCAUCAGACGAGAGAUGAUCUCGGAGAAAAGACUUUGAUGUUAGAACCUGUCCAGAGAGACUUACUCCAAGCAGAGCAUCAAAAGCAGGAUAUUGGACACAUGUAUCAGAUUGAACAAGGCAAAGUGAAGGAAUAUCUUGGAAAGCAGGAAUCCUUAGAGGAGAGGUUAUCUCAACUCCAGAGUGAAAACAUGUUGCUCCGACAGCAGCUGGAUAAUGCACAAAAUAGAGCCGACAGUAAAGAGAAGACAGUCAUUAGCAUCCAAGACCAGUUUCAGCAGAUCAUGAAAAAUCUUCGUGCUGAACAUGAGAAACAAGGUCUGAUGCUGGAGGAAAGAAACAAGGAUUUAAUCAACAAAUGUAGUCAUUUAGUAGAGAGAAUAUGUCAGUAUGAAAAUGAGAAAGCAGAAAGAAAAGCAGUUGUGAGACAACUUUGGCAAGAACUGGCUGAUAGCCUCAAAAAGCAGUCUGCGUCGGAGGCGUCCCUGGAGGUCAUGUCACGUUAUCAUGCGAAGUUAGAAAGUUGAGGCACGGGAUUUAAAGAACUUACAUCAACUCACAAGUCAGGUAUGUGUGAAACUGAAUGUGUUGACAGUGAAUACAUAGGAUAAAGUGUUUUCGGACACUCUUUUUCAUGGACAGCUUCCUUUUUUAUUUUCAUUACUAGUAAUUUACUAUAAUUUUUUAAAUCUUUAAGUGCACUCAUUUCUUAAACUCUGACUUUCAUUCUGC